UCUUGCUCCUUGUGUGUGUGUGUCAAGAAUUAGCAAAGUAUUCGUGAGGUGUCGAGAAUCCGAUUUAUAACGUGUACAUACAGUUUAUAGUAGUCAAUACAAAUAAUAAUAGUAAGCCUGUAAAAUUUGUUUAAUAAAAAGACAAAUCUAUUUUUUUAAUUCGAUAGAACGAUCGCCUGUGUAUAAGUAUAAAUAAAGUUUAUGGCAUCAUGUCAACAUCCAGAGAACUUUUGGAAAUGCGAUUCAAGAGAUUUCUACACUAUGGUUCCGAACAGCCGAUAUACAAAGCUGGGGAGAGAGUCUCCAAUAAGUACUACGAUUUGGAAAAAAUUCCUUCUUUGAUAAAACUUAUCAAUGGUCAGAUACAUCAAUCUGUCAUUGAAAUUAUUACAAAGGUUGCAAAGGAAGAAUCAUCUUUGUGGCCUGAUUCUGUGACAUAUGCGUUAGCUUACUGUUCACACCAAGACUUCAGCCCUGAGCUCAAAAACGAAGCUUACAAAAUACUGAGGACUGUUUGUAAAACUGCUCGGGACAUAAUUCUGUUUGUCAAGUUUCACAGAGAACUGAGAGGAACAAAAGGCGGCGGCAACGGCUUCAAGAGAGCGGUCGGUCAGUGGUACCUGGUGUGGAUGCCGUUCGACUUGGCAGAUAUCUUACUCCACCAGAAAAGCUACCACGGCUGGAAACAUACCGAUGUCUUACGAAUCGCUCACAUCAAACCGAUUUCAAUAGAGCAACAAUUGCUGUUUACGUACGCAACGAGAGGGCUCAAGGAGGCGACGACUCGGUUUGGAGAAAGCCCAAAUGAGCAAGUACAGGAGCUCCUGGAGUACAUCACAACGGUGGAGUCUUUCAGGAAGAUAAAGGAGCCAGAGAAGGCAGCUAGAGCACUCGCUGUGGAACUGCACAACCUGGAGCGGGUCCCAACAAAUCUCUUGAAAUAUCAGGAGAUAUGGAACGAAUUAAUAACGCACAUGGACGUGAAGACUCUUCUGGAUAAUCUGCAACGCUUGUCUAUCCUUGGGUUCCUCAAGAACAACACAGUCACCGUUCUGAAAGUGGUAGAUGUCUUCAACAACCUGUGGAAGGCUGAGACUUUCAAGGGUCACCCGUCCAGAGUCUAUAUCGAACUCCUAACUUACGAAAAGGCUGCCAAGUACUGUUUGGAGAUUGCUAACAAAAUGAACCACCCAGUCAGUAAUUUAGUUCCACCCAAAAAACCUCCAAAAUGCAACCUUGUCAUCAAGAGUGCACUUAUUACGUUCUUCUACAGUUUAUUCAAGGUAAGUGGAUAAGUAGUUUAUAGGCCU